ACCAAAACACAACACCAGCGCGAGCCCUCUGCAACUCAAUAAUCUCCUUCCUCCCCGUCCGCGUGCGAUCGACGCGGAGGCGCCACCCCUGCUCCGAGACCCCGAUGGCCUUCAUGCGCACCUCCUCCAAUGCAUCCUCUGGCAUGGGGGUUGCUCCUGAUAUCAGGCAGACAUUCCUGGAGCUUCAGAUGAAGAAGGCAUUUCGCUAUGUUAUCUUCAAGAUUGAGGAGAAGCAAAAGCAGGUUAUUGUGGAGAAGACAGGCGCUACAACUGAGAGUUAUGAUGAUUUCCUGGCUUCUCUCCCUGAAAAUGACUGCAGAUAUGCGCUUUAUGAUUUUGACUUUGUUACUGGGGAGAAUGUGCAGAAAAGCAAGAUUUUCUUCAUUGCCUGGUCCCCAGCAACAUCCCGCAUCCGUGCCAAGAUGCUGUACUCCACCUCCAAGGACCGUAUCAAGCACGAGCUCGAUGGGUUCCACUACGAGAUCCAGGCAACUGACCCAACUGAGGUGGAGAUCGAUGUUCUCCGUGAGCGGGCUCACUGAAGCCGAUCGAUGAUGAUCCACCUGGUGGCUUCAGUUGGAUACAAAUUCACAAAUAUGUCUGAUGCUGUCGCUACUGUAUUGUUAAUAAUACAGAUAUCUGUGUUUCCUGUAAAACGUAUGAUUUAGCUAGCCGUGCUGCGUGGCUCUAGCUGAUGAAGCGGUACCCGACUAGGUUUCGUAUGAUGCCCCGAGCCUGUAAACGCAAGAAGGCAUUCCCAAACGCUUGUAUUGUGGUAUUAAAACUGUGGAUUGUCCUAGCUUU